AUGGCAGAACCCUUCACCGUCCUCAGCAUUGCUGCGAAUAUUGCUCAGUUUCUUGGCUACGGUCUGCAACUUCUAUCCGACGGGAAAGAGAUGUACAACUCGCUGCACGGCGCACUAGACGAAUACCAUGAGCUCGAGGCUAUCAUCGAAGAUAUUCGAAAUAUUAGCAAUGAGACGAAACAUCUAUCUGGGCACUCGAUUGGCGAGAACACUAUUCGAAAACUUGCAGCUGAAUGCAUGCCUUUGGCGGAAAAGUUGUUGGGAAUCUUGAAUGAUCUCAAGGUCCCAAACGAUGCGCGCUUUCGGGGCUUGAAGACUUUGCAUCAAACUUUUAGAAGUGCCGGAAAGAAGAAGGAAAUACAAAUCUUGAAACACAGAUUGAUGGAUCUGGAUAUGCGGUUGAGGACUCGAACUUCUUGGAUGCUUCAAAGGCAAGUCAUCGUGAACUGCCAUUCGGACGUGAUGUCUGCCAUCGAUUCUCUUGCGCAUGUCGAUGAUGGCCUGAAAUUAAAUUUGACAUCGAAUCUGAAUCAGCUAAGAAUAGAUAUCUUGGAGAAACUUCAAGUACCGGCAACAUCAAAUGCACGGGGAAAAGACUUCGGGUUAGAUAGUCUAUCCAAAGAGCUUCUGUCUUUCCUGGACGAAGGUAAAAGGGUGAAGCAUCAGCAAGACGUUCUUCAAAGCCUAGUCUUCGAGGAAAUGAAGCAGCGUGAGGAGACGAUUAAGGAUGCACAUGAGAUGACUUUGAAUUGGAUGUUUGAAAAACCUGAAACUGGCUUUAUGAACUGGUUGAAGGCCGACAGUGGAAUUUACUGGGUGAGAGGAAAGGUAUUUCAUCCCUACAUUAUGUCACAGAGAAGUCAAGUCACUGAAGCGACUCAGGCUGGUAGUGGGAAGUCCACCCUCAUGAAAUAUAUAUGUGCCCAUGACACCACCUUGAACGCACUGGAAUCCUGGGCCACCAGGGCCGGAUCUCGAACUCUUGUUACAGCAAGCUGUUUUUUUUGGAACGCUGGGCUGCCUAUGCAGAAAUCCAUUCGUGGACUCCUCCAAAGCUUGUUGUUUCAGGUCUUUCGGGCAUAUCCGUCCCUGAUAUUGGAAACAUCUUCGAAGGACCCAAAAGUUUUGUGGACACAAAAGGAAUUGACUUCAGCUUUGGCAAUUGCCUCGAAAAGCUCGAAACUUCCUUCAAAAUUUUGUUUCUUCGUGGAUGGUCUCGACGAAUACGAUGGCGAUCAUGAAGAUAUUGUGCAACUACUUCAAUCUUUAGCUGCCUCACCAAACAUCAAAAUUUGCGUCUCCAGCCGCCCUUGGAACGCCUUUAUAGACGUAUUUGAACAAUGCAGUUCGAAGCUGGUUCUCGAGGAUUUUACUAAUAAUGAUAUGCAAAAAUACGUGCAUAACAUGCUGGCCCAAGAUAAAAUCUUCAUGAAGGCCGCCAAAGGGGAUUCUCGUUGUCAAACGCUUGUACCACAGAUCGCAGACAAGGCUCAGGGUGUUUGGCUAUGGGUCUACCUUGUUGUUCGUGACCUUUUGAGAGAUCUGAAGGGAAGAGAAGGAUUCCCUCUCUUACAGCGCCGAUUGGAUAGUUUCCCGGCAGAACUGGAGAAAUAUUUCGCCAGCAUUAUUGAGAGGAUCGACAAGAUCCAUCGUGAAGAGACUGCUAAGAUAUUUCGGAUCACUGUGGACGCAGUGACGCCGAUUCCAGCACUCGGUCUACAAUACUUGCUCGUUGAACAAGAGGACCCAGAAUACGCCUUAAAGAUGCAAAUCCAACCAAUCUUUAGGGAACAAGAAUGGGAAAAUGCGCAAAAGUGGGAAAGACUUCUUAACAGCCGUUGCAGCGAUCUGCUUGAACUGAACUUCAGGAGCACAAACUAUGCUCCGCCAAUCAUGCACCACAAAGUUGAAUUUCUACACCGAACAGUUAUAGAUUUUCUGCGAGAUAACUACCAGAACGAACUACGAGAGUGGGCAGGUCAUUUUUUCGAUACAAGCUCUUCACUGUCUAAUAUCAUACUUGGACUGAUAAAAGGAUACCCAGUGCCACAAGGUACUAAGGACCUCGAACUCAAGCGCAAGUUUGAAAACGACGUAUCAGCACUGACUGCCGAAUUGAUAUGUUAUGCACGGAAGCUGGAGCGCAACGGCAAGAGUAAUAUAAAACUCCUCAACGAAUUUGAUCGUGUCCUCUGUUAUCGUAGCGGUAAAAUCGGCGAUCCUUGCAGUCACGAAAGGCACUGGAACAGUAUGAGACACAAAUUCAAUGACCUCGGUGGACUUGAAGAAUUUAGCCAUCGUACAAUUUUAGCUCUUGCUAUUCAUGCAGGGUUACGAUUAUAUGUUGACAAAAUGCUGAACGAGUACCCCGAACUUCUCAAUGACAACAAGGAAUAUACUUUACUGGAACAUGCUUUGGCACCUUUCGUAGCCCCCUCAAAUAAAAUGGAACAAAUCCGCAAAUUCACCGAUGAUAAAAUGCGGGAAUAUGCUUUGGUACCUCCCGUAGGAUUUCAUUCCCCCUCAAGGAAUCAAAAGGAUCAAAUCUACACACUUAUCGAUACUGAAAUGCUGGAAAUACUUCUUUCGCACGGUGCCGACCCGAAUAAAAACCGACGACCUGACCAAAAGGGGGACCAGAACACUGUCUGGAUGGACUUCUUGAACGAGCGUGCUCGUGAAAAUAGAAGUAAAUAUAUACCCGAGGACAUCAAAAGCAACUGGUACGAAGCAUGCCAGUUAUUGAUUGACUAUGGCGCGGAUCUUGAUACAAAUAUUUCGAUAGCUCAAUCAGGAGCCUUGCAUAACUCUUUGAGAGUGUCAAUGGCGUCGAAGGCUUCAAUCAACUCGAAUCUAUUGGAGGUAUCGAUUAUAUCGAUAAUUCACGAAAUUUUCGGACACGACAAAGCAGAACGACUAAUAGCGAAAAUCAAUGAAGAAGCUAAAGAAGUACCAUCUAAGACGACUCGACUAUCUAUCAUCUGGAGGCUACUUGCAUCGACAUGA